CGCAUUCAGACCGAACUUACCACGAUCACCAUGAAAUCUCCCAAAAAGGCUCAGGAUGGCCGCAAGCUCAUCAUAGGCAUUGACUUUGGUACUACAUACUCGGGCAUCGCCUGGGCAGAAACCAAACAGCCGGACAGGAACACGGCUAUCACCACAUGGCCCGUCAGCGCCACCUCGCCGGAAGGCGAGUCGUCUGCCAAGGUACCAACCAAGCUGAGGUAUACCAAAAAAGAAGUCCAGUGGGGUUUCUCGAUCCCUGGAAACGUCCCUGAGAAUGAGGUUGUCGAAUGGUUCAAGCUUGACCUCGACAAGACUACCAAGGCUAUGACCCAGAGUAGUCAGAAGCUGUCUGCCCGUGGUGGCCGUGCUCCAGCUCAGCUGGUGACUGACUUCAUGGAGCGUCUCGGUGCUCAUCUGCACUACAUUCUUCAGCACAAGCUCGGAGACGCUGUACUCAAAUCCACACCCAUGGAGUUUGUUGUCACCGUGCCUGCCAUGUGGAGUGAUAGCGCCAAAGAUCUCACAAGACAGGCGUGUCAGAACGCACCCUCGCUCGGUGCAAAUGGUCGGCUGAUUCACCUCGUAUCGGAGCCAGAGGCGGCCGCACUCUAUGCGCUCCAAGGUCUUGAUCCCCAUGGAUUGAAAGUCAACCAAACUAUCCUACUCGUCGAUGCAGGUGGCGGUACGGUCGACUUGAUUGCUUACAGAAUCAGGCAGCUGAAGCCAAUUCUGGAACUUGAGGAGGCCGCUCCAGGAACAGGUGGUAUUUGCGGCUCGUCUUGGCUCAACCGCCGAUUUGAAAAGUUCUUGCAAGACAAGCUGUGCCAUCUCGAUGGCUUUGGCCAGGAGGUUGUCUACGAAGCCGUCGACGUAUUUGAGAAGAAAAUCAAGCGCCAAUUCGCUUCCAAGACUCCGGACAACGAGACCUUCACUAUCCCCUUGGGCGGCGUGGCCAACUCGGCACAACUAGGAGUCCGCCGAGGGAGGUUUGCCAUGAAAGCUUCCGACGUUCGCGAGAUCUUCAACCCUGUUGUGAACGAGAUUAUCAAGCUCAUCAAGGCUCAGCUGCAGUCUAUUAAAACUCCUGUCACGGUUGUCUUACUCGUUGGAGGCUUCGGAGCCUCGAUGUACCUGAGAGACAGGAUCACUGACGCGGUAGGGAAGACCGUGCGAGUUCUUCAGCCCCCAAAUGCAUGGCAGGCUGUAGUUCAGGGCGCCGUGCUUAAAAGUCUAGCCAACAAUGAUCCGAAGACGGCGCCGGUUGCUGUGCGAGCGCGCAAAGCUAGACGGAGUUACGGUGUGCUCCUCCGUGCGGCGUAUCAACACGAGCUUCAUGCGCACCUUGCGCACCUCAAAGACUGGGAUGAGUUUGCAGGCUGUCAUCGUGUGCCAGUAAUGUACUGGUUUGGUGAUGCCGUGUUGGAGGAUAGAGCCGUGCCUAUCUCCUACGAAUUCACUCAACAUGUCCACCUCGGCCGUCCCUUUGAGCUCGAGAUGGCAAUCAAGUACGACCGAGCAAACAGAACCCUGGCAGGCGCGGUCAUAACUCAGGACAAAGAUGUGCUUGAUUUGUCCACGCUCCGCGCAGGGCUUGGACAUAUUCCAGAAGAGUCUCUAUCGCAGGGUCUCGGUGCAGAUGGAUCGCUAUACUACCGUCUGCAGUGUGAGGUGCAUGCGACUUUCAAGUCUGCUUCCACUGAGUAUUCGCUCUACUAUAAUGGUCGGAGGUACCACACCGUUACUUGCGAGUAUGCCUAGCUUUGCUCGAUGACUAUCAAAUGGACAAGGGAGGGAUUAGCUCGGAUUAGCUUGUAUUUUGCUCAGGGAAAGUCAAUUUAGUCGUACAGGAGAGACCUUUGACGUGGUAUGGUGACGGGCAAUUGAGUUCGACAAUCAGGGUUUGGGGGCACUCAGUGUCCAUGUGAUAUCAUUUUGUUGCUUUGCAAGAACUCGCCUUCAUCGGCCUGGAUGAAAAGUUGAGACAAACGUGUGGACUGGCAAGAUGGUCGUGGUUCGGUAUUAUAUG